AUGGUAACUAGGCAAAAAUUAAAUGCAAGUGAUUGGUUCAAUGAAUAUAUUCAAUCAAAUACUAUGAUGGUACCAACACCAGAUAAUUUUCUUAAUCUUGUAGAACAAGUUGCUUAUGCCUGCUAUAGAUUAAGACGAUUUCCAGAUGCCUUUAGCUUUAAGUGUGUUGAAUACCAACAAUCACUAAAGUAUUUUCUACCUCCACCACCUAUGCAGUUACCAUUAACUGAAAAGAUGAUGUUGCAAUCUAAAAAUAUGAUAUCUAGUCUAUCCUAUAGAAAAAAUCACAAUGUGUCUAGUAUUGUAGAUUUAACCAAUAAAUUAAAUAUAAAUGGUGUUGUUAUUUCUUCUAAAGGAAUCAAGCACUUUCAGCAUGACCUAUUCAAAUAUAUUCCCCUAAAUGAUAUUGAAGAGUACGAGAUACAGAUGUUUAGAAAAUACAAACCUAAAGAUGGGGAUUUAGAUAAUUUUAUGCCUAUGGAGAGCCUCAAAGGUUUUUUUGACCGUAAUUAUAUACCUUUAGGAUAUAUUGAUGAAGAUUUUAUAAAAAAUAUUCAGCAAAUAAAUGAUAAUAAACAGAAUAACAAAGUAUCAAUAGCCAAAAUUUAUUCAGGGAUAACUUAUAGGCAUAGAUUUUCCAAGUUAUUACAUUCGAUUAUUAAUAAGAUGGUAUUUUUAAUGGUUAUGGCAGGUAGAGGGUGGUUUAUUCAUAGAGAGGCUCGUGAGGAUCUUGUUAAUUUUUUGUGUUGGCACUUAUGGCAUAAUAGCACAGAAAUUAGAGGAAUUUAUUUUGAUUUUAUAAUAACAAGUGUAGAGAAUCGAAUACGUCAUAUAAGAGAUUCUGUAGGGAGAUAUUAUCGGAAUCACUUAGGACAAACACUAUCUCCAAAUUCAACACUCACAAAACGUCAGAGCUAUUGGAUGAAAGCAUCUGAUUUCCAAUUAUUGAGACUUUCAUCAAUGCUGGAAUUCUAUGUUUUACGUAAACAAGCCUCUAUAACUGUUGAUGCUCUUAUGGGUAACAUAGAAUAUAAUAACUGCGAGGAUUAUCUUAAGCAACAAAUAUAUGCAUUUUUAUAUUCUAUAGCUACUCCUAGUGAUGAAGAAUUAAAAUUACUACAAGGUAAUAAUGCUGAUGACUUAUCUAGAAUUAAACAUAUUAUGAAAAUAUUUGAAUAUAACUCAUAUUAUAUAAUAUAUAGACGAUGUGAAUUUUGGUUUCAGCUUUUAGCUUUUAGUCAAGAUAAUAAUUUGUCAAGUAAUGCAUUUUUAGUCAGUACAGUUCAACUUCCAAUUAAUAUGGUUGCUUCUAUUAAAGCUAUUAAAACUCAUAUUUAUAAUUGUUUAAAUAUUAGUACUUCCAAUAGAGUACCAUGUAUUCCUCCUGUAAAUCCAAACAUGGUCCAGUUAUCUGAUAAAUUAUUGAUUUUACCUCCCAGUAUAAUGCAAGGAUCAUAUUGUACAUUGCCAGAUAGUUCCAAAGUAAACCAAUGUUAUAAUUCACCUUCAUUAAUAUCUCCUACAUUAUCUCCUGAAAUCCCCCCAAAAUAUAUAGAUAAAAUUGAUAAAUCACCUUUGAAAGGUAUAGAUGCUCUUGCUCAAGCUGCAACUGAUGAAUUAUAUGAAUUCAGUAAUAUACAUUAA